CUCAAGUUUCAUUACCAUUUACCUACACAUGCUAGCUCAAGUUUCAUUACCAUUUACCUGUACAAGCUAACUCAAGUUUAUAACUCAAGUUUCAUUACCAUUUACCGAUACAAGCUAGCUCAAGUUUAUAACUCAAGUUUCAUUACCAUUUACCUGUACAAGCUAACUCAAGUUUAUAACUCAAGUUUCAUUACCAUUUACCGAUACAAGCUAGCUCAAGUUUAUAACUCAAGUUUCAUUACCAUUUACCUGUACAAGCUAACUCAAGUUUAUAACUCAAGUUUCAUUACCAUUUACCGAUACAAGGUAGCUCAAGUUUAUAACUCAAGUUUCAUUACCAUUUACCUGUACAAGCUAACUCAAGUUUAUAACUCAAGUUUCAUUACCAUUUACCGAUACAAGCUAGCUCAAGUUUCAUUACCAUUUACCUAUACAAGCUAG